AUGCUUGCCAUCCCAUUGACAGAUCAGAACGAGUUCUCCACAGCCGGAAAUCCCAACAAGCCUGGCCUUGACACGGUGGACCAAGAAGGCCUUACACUGGAGGGCGAGAAGCCUCAUCUACCACAGGAUGGCGUUGCUUUACCAACAAGGCCUGGUCUUCGGCGUGAGAAGUCUGCUCCUCCUCCGGCGGCGCCGCAAUCUUUACCUCCACCUGCCCCGCCUGCGUCCUCUACAGACAUGUCACAAUCUACAGACUCGCUGUCUGUGAUGCAACUCCGACGGCUUGUGGGCGACAUGCCGACCGUUGAGCCGACACCGUACGCAUUCGAAUACAAAGAUGCUUCCACGUUUGCCGCAGAAUUGGAAGAAUGGUUUUCGUAUAAUGUAGAGGAGCAUGCUAUGAUACUCAAAUGUCAAGCGGAAUUCGCGAAACAGUGGGAAGCAUUCUUGGGCGAAGAACAUCGACCUGCUGUUGAUAUCGAUCAAGGCUCUUCGAACUGGUUGAACACGUGGAAAACACACCGGGUUCGGUUCGUGCUGAAGGCUAAGGAUGGCCUACGUACCGACGAUCAUAUUGUGCGGCUCAGUUCACUGGAAGUCUUGACAAACAUCGCCCUUGGAUGUUGGUAUGAGACAGCGGGUUUGUCAGCUUCCCCGGACAUACCAGAAGAAGGUACAGACCAGGACCAGGUUGAUGGAAAAGGCGAUCCCGGCUCCAGCUUUGUUAAGUCCGCCCUUCAGAUACAAUUAAUCAAGUCGAACGUCCGAACUAUCAUCGACUGUGGUUGCAUUCCUCUUAUUUACGAUGCCAUGCGAUCCUCGUGUCAACUAGCAAGUUGUAGAGAUGUGACAGCUUCUGAACCUUCUCGAGAUCGGCAAGAAUCCGAUCGACGUGAACUAUGGUGUUGUCUCACAUUGAUGUACAUUAUUCUCGACUUUGCGAGGAUUGAAGCGACCAAGCAGCAUGAAACUAGCACUCGAUCGCGUAUUCGAGACCUAGAACCUGACUUACUGGUGUGUCUUAUGGAGUAUAUUUCGCGCAUUCGUUGGGACGACACCGUUCCUUUGCCGUUGCCGAAAAUGCUCCUGAUCACCUGGAAAGCCAUCCUGGUCUGUUUUGGAGGGCUGUCCGAGGUUGAUAAGGCCAAAAGCUCCUUUCAAGAUCCCUCGGUAGACCAAGAAGAUCAACAUGGACGUCCUCUUAUCACUGCAUCACCACUGGACUACCACCUCUUCCGUCAGGAAAUCAGCUCCAAGUAUCCUGCAUACAACCCUCCACCACCGCUCUUUCCACUUGAACCGGAAAACAACUCCAUACUUCCACCACUGAAGAACCAUCCUAGCAAGGCAGCUGGAUCGAACGUUUUCGGGUCUGCAGUGAAUGUGAACGCAAAUGGGACAUCAAUUCUCCAUCAGCCAGUACAUAUUGCAACUCCUGCGCCGUCGCCCCCGCCCUCUCCAGCCGGGCCUGGUGGCAAGGGCGGAAAAAAGCAGAACUAUCAGACUAAUCAGCUUUUCCCUUUCUUAUAUCCACCUUUGGAUGAGAGUAGCAAUAAUCUCGGUGGGAAGGGUACUACGGACUUACAGGAUCUUCUUGUUGGCCGACGCUGGGAUGGAUCUGAUAUCCCUGCAUCAAUCUUAGAGGCCGCCCAGCUUUUCUCGACAAGGAUGCGUGCUUCGAGAUCAAUGAAGCAAUUGUGGCAAGUCAGAGUGCAGUUCAUGAAAUAUGAACGCGGUUGGCUCAGUCCUGGCGACGACUUUGACGGCGACGUCGUUCCAUUGGACUUGUCCAAAGAGCAAACCAAGCCCGUGAAACCCAAGGCGACCGUUAGGAGAACGCGCGCAAACUGUGGAAGUCCUGAAGAGCGAUUGGAGGCUGUAGAGAACUUUUACAGAGAUGCAUUACCGCAACUACAAUCGCUCAUCAUUGUUUUGAUUAGGGUCAUAUUGAACCAUGUUACGACGCUCGUCACCCAAGCCAAUGGUGCCAACGGGUUGCAAAGUGGGUUCCAGUUCCAGGAAAAUCAGAACGGGAGUGCAAUUCCCAAACCUGAGAUGAAUGGCGCCCUCAACGGCACAUCAAGCGAUUCAGCAUCUGUAGACGAGAUUGAUGCUCUCCGGUCGCAGGAGAUCCUGGACAAAGCACUCACUGGGACUCUUGUCUUGCUACUGAAAUGGUUCAAGGUAUCUCAUAUUCUCAAGUACGAGUACCUUACUCAAUUGCUUGUCGAUUCUAGUUAUAUACCCCUUGUCCUCAAAUUAUUACAGCUCCAAGAAAUCGAGAGGGUGGUCAACUAUAAUUCUGACCGCGACGAACUCAAUUUCUUCACAUUCUGCUACUCCCGCUCCCGUCAUGCCGAAGACGAAGCACCUCCUGGUCCAAUCGAGCCCACAGAAAUCGACGACUCUUCAGAAGACGACGCAGCACCACCUCCUAUCAAGCGCCAACGCGACCCCGACGCUUCCGUCAUCAACGAUUCUCCCGAGCCUAUGAUCGCGAAACAGCCCAUGGCUCUGCCCGAAGUCGACGAACUCGGCUUCCCCACCUCCGAACUCCCCUCGGAGCCCAUCACGACCUUCUCGUGGCGCGCCUUCUACACUUCCAUCAACUACCUGCGUAUCAUGCAGAAGAUCUGCAAAUCAAAAGCGCAUCGCAAUCUCAUGCUUGUCAGCUACAAGUCCAGCCAGGUGCUGCGCAAGUGUCUGCGCGUGCCGCAGCCUGCACUGCGGCUGUACACGCUUAAGCUGUUCAAGAAUCAGGUACCCUACUGUGGCCGUAAAUGGCGCCAAUCAAACAUGCGCGUCAUUACUGCCGUGUAUCUACACUGUCGUCCGGAGCUGCGCGACGAGUGGCUGAGCGGGGGGGACGUGGACGCUGAAGUCGAUGAGAGUGUGCCGUUGGAGCAAGCACUUCGAGCACUGACGCAUUGGUGGAAUCUGAGACACUACCCAGAGGCGAUGGGCGCAAACGAAGGGGUGUUGGAGGAAGAGCGAGAUUUCUUCAAGAGGGAGCUCGAGAAGAUGCAGUUUGGAGAUGGGCUUGGCAAUGGUGAAGGGGGUGAGGGACAGGUAGGCAGUGAUGGGCAGUGGGAGGGACAGUUGGAGGGAUGGUGA